UUCGCACGCACAUUGCGCAGGAAACUAGGUCGUCAUUCUACCAGCUGAAGCUCAGAGAAGGUAGUUACGGCCGGUUUUAUAAACUGGGUCGCUGUAUCAUGGCUCUCAGAAGUUUGCUCAGGAGAAAUCUAGGUGGAAAACAAUGUGGAUGUUUCUACAGUUCUAUCCCAGAUAUGCCUCCUGCGGGAUUCACUCCCCAGAAAUACCAGGGCAUAUCUUAUGAUGAUGCAAUGAAAGUCAGAAAGUCCCAUCUGACCCCUGCCCUUUUGACCUAUUACAAGAAUCCAAUCAUGAUUGUUCAGGGUCACAUGCAGUGGCUCUGGGACACGGAGGGGAAGAGAUACUUGGAUUUGUUUGGGGGCAUUGUCACUGUUAGCGUGGGGCACUGCCACCCGAAGGUUACAGAGAGAGCUAAGAAACAAAUGGAUAACCUGUGGCAUACAACUAACAUUUAUCUUCAUCCAACUAUCCAUGAAUAUGCUGAAAAGCUGGCCUCUAAAUUACCUGGGAAUUUAAAGGUUGUAUAUUUCACAAACAGUGGGUCUGAAGCCAAUGAUCUAGCAGUACUGAUGGCCAGGAUGCACACUGGUGUGUUUGACAUUAUCUCACUCAGGAAUGCAUACCAUGGUGCUAGUCCAUACCUCAUGGGUCUAACCGCUAUGUCUACAUGGAGGUUCAAUGUACCCACUGGAUUCGGCAUUCAUCAGUCCAUGAAUCCUGACCCCUACCGAGGCCCCUGGGGAGGAGCAAACUGUAGGGACUCUCCCUCCCAGACCCUGAGGUCCUGUGACUGUGGGGCGGGGGAGUGUAAGGCCGGGGUGAAGUACGUUGAACAGCUGGAGGAUGUGUUGAGGUUCUCCAUGCCCAAAGACAAAUGUGGGGCAUUCUUUGCUGAAUCCAUUCAGGGAGUAGGUGGAACAACACAAUUUCCAAAGAAUUUCUUGAAAAGGGCAUUUGAAAUGGUCAGAGCAAAAGGAGGAAUUUGUAUAUCAGAUGAGGUCCAAACAGGAUUUGGAAGGUUGGGCGAACAUUUCUGGGGAUUUGAAAACCAUGGUGUUGUUCCAGAUAUUGUUACAAUGGCAAAGGGUAUUGGGAAUGGUUUUCCCUUGGCAGCAGUGGUCACCUCCCCUGAAAUUGCCUUAUCCAUGGCAAAGGCCCUGCAUUUUAAUACCUACGGAGGGAACCCCCUGGCCUGUGCUGUAGGAUCCGCUGUGUUAGAUGUGAUCAAGGAAGAAAAAAUCCAGGAGAACGCAGCCUCUACUGGGACCUACUUCAUUUUGGAACUCAGAAAAAUGAUGGAUGAAUUUGAAAUUAUAGGGGAUGUCAGAGGGAAAGGCUUAAUGAUUGGAAUAGAACUAGUCAAAGAGAGGGAAACCAUCACACCGUUACCUGUUGAGGACGUAAACAAGAUCUGGGAAUUCCUGAGAGAACACGGCAUCUUAGUGGGAAAAGGAGGGAUAUUUGGAAAUGUUCUUCGCAUCAAACCCCCCAUGUGUAUUUCUAAGGCUGAUGUGGAUUACACCAUAGCAGUUCUAAGAGAGGCAUUGAAAGCACUUUCUUGAUAGCUU